AUGCGUUAUCUUGCUGCUUACCUUCUGGCUCAGCUUGGUGGUACUAGUCGUCCUCAGGAGUCGGAUCUUAAGAAUAUAUUGAAUUCAGUUGGUAUUGAGUGUGAGCAAGAGCGAGCCAAGCUGGUGGUUGGUCAAUUGCAUGGCAAGAACGUUCAUGAAUUGAUUAAUGCCGGUAAGGAGAAGAUGUCGGCUGUCUCUUUUGGGGCCGCCGCACCUGCCGCUGCUGCUCCAUCAGGUGGUGCCCCCGUUGCUGCCAGCGCCGCUGCUGCUGAAGCUCCUAAGGAUAACGCCAAGGUGGCCCCUCCUCCCAAGGAAGAAAAGAAGGAAGAGUCUGAAGAAUCUGAUGCCGAUAUGGGUUUCAGUCUCUUUGACUAG